CAAACACGGCAUCCGAUGACAUUAAGUGAUACAGGGGCGUCUGAGUGAGUAAGGCAGCUGAUCCUGAUCUGGUUACACGAGUGACCCGGAAGGAUUGCACCAUUCUUACACCAGAGAAUACAGGGAAGAUAGACAACGCAGAUAUAUCCUGACCAUCACCCAAGGAACAACUGCACAACUGUGGGAAGACAUCCAGUCCCUUCACAGCAUUGCUCAUCACAGAGAAGGUUGGGCAGUGAAACCAUCAUCUGGAAAUCAGUGAGAUCAGGGGAGCUUUGACAUAUCAUCAGAUUGAAACUGGUCAGUGUUGUGGAAUCUUCCUUCAGAACAACCUUUCUGAAGGUUUGGCUGUGGGCAAUUGGUCAGGGUGAGGCUGUGAAGAAGUGUGAGUGGGCUCCAAGUGUGGUGAGGGCUUCAAUCAUUCUUCGAGCCUCAUGAACCACUAACUCAUUCCUAUAGGUGAGAAGCUGUUCAAGUGUGAGGUGUGUGAAGAGGGCUCCACAAGCUCAUAAGAUCUCCUAUCACACAAGUUGCAACCAUUGUCCCACCUGUAACACAAGGGCGGCUACAUGGAAAAGAAACCAUUCAAAUGUGACGUCUGUGAUCAGGCCUUCGCACAGUCAACGAUGCUCAUGAAACACCAAUGUGUUCACACAGGGGAGAAGCUGUUGAAGUGUGAGGUGUGUGAGAAAUCAUUCUCUCGGUCCUCGCACUUCUGGGUACACCGACGUAUUCACACAGGGGAGAAACCAUUCACAUGCAGUAUGUGUGACAAAUCAUUCUCUGACUCAUCACACCUCCGCAUACACAAACGCAUUCACACAGGGGAGAAACCGUUCACGUGCGAGGUGUGUGACAAAUCAUUCUCAGUGUCAUCGGCCCUCCGCAGACACCAGCACGUUCACACUGGGGAGAAACCCUUCAGGUGUGAGGUUUGUGAGCAGGCUUUCACCCAAUCCUAUGAUCUCCUGAUACACCAGAGAAUUCACACAGGGGAGAAACAUUUCUCAUGCGAGGUGUGUGACAAAUCAUUCACGUGGUCAUCAUCCCUCCGCAGGCACCAAUACAUUCACUCAAGGGAGAAACCAUUCACGUGCAAGGUGUGCAACAAAUCAUUUUCUCAGCCAUCAAAGCUCCGCACACAUCAACACAUUCACACAGAGAAGAAACCAUUCACGUGUGAGUUGUGCAACAAAUCAUUCUCGGACUCAUCGACCCUCUGCGCACACCAAUACAUUCACACACCAAAGAAACCAUUCAAUUGCGAAGUGUGUGACAAUUCAUUCUCGCAGUUAUCGAACCUCCGUGCACACCAACAUGUUCACACCGGGGAGAAACCAUUUAUGUGUAUGGCAUGUGACAAAUCCUUCUCAAGGUCAUCGAGACUUCUACUCCACGAAAGGAUUCACACAGGAGAGAAACCAUUCAGAUGCCAGGUAUGUGACAAAUCAUUCUCAGCGUCAACAGCGCUCCGCAGACACCAACUCACUCACACAGGGGACAGACCAUUCAGGUGUGAGCUUUGUGAGAAGGCUUUUACCCACUCCUCUGAUCUCUUGAUACACCAAAGGAUCCAUACAGGUGAGAAACCCUUCUCGUGCAAGGUGUGUGGUAAACCAUUCACAUGGUCAUCGUCCCUCCACAGACACCAACGCGUUCACACAAGAAAGAAACCAUUCAUGUGUGAGCUGUGUGACACAUCAUUCUCGAAGUCAUCGAAUCUCCUGCUCCAUCAGAGGAGCCACACAAGGGAGUAACACUUCAGUUGUGAGGUUUGUGAUUGAAGCUUUUGUAACAUCUUUGACCCUCCAACCCACGCUGGGCACCAGAGCAUUCACACUAGUGAGAAACCAUUCAGGUGUUAGGUGUGUGACAAGGCUUUCACACAGUGUAUCUCCUGGUCCAUCAACACACUCUCGCACAAAGGAAAAACCCUAUCAGUGUGAAUUCUGUAAUAAAGCCUUCACUCAGUUGUUGGUCCUUUUGGAACAUCAGCGAACCCACAUGGGAGACAAACCCUUCUAGUGUGACAUGUGACAGGAUUGUUUCAUCUACUCCUCUCUCGCUAUACACCAACGUCUCCACAUGGCUUUAGAGCCGGGUCACCUGCUUCCAUUACACUGAGAGUUGUCUGUGUUGUUUGCCCUCCAUUGCUUGCACAGGGGAGCUGUUGUUCCAAAUCACUGUCUGCCUCAGCAGUAUCUCUCUCAAACCUCUCCACCCAUCAGACCAUUCAACAAAAAGGCCAAGCACCCAGGGGAGGAGCCAUUCCUGGGGUAGUAAGGGAGGGACUUCAAUUUUUCCAAUUCCCUCUCCUCCUUUCCUGAAAGGGCUGAGUGCCAGUCUGCUGUUCUCCUGUGUGGAGAUCAGAUACAAGUCCUUUCUUAGGAUCUCUGGUCUAUGGAGGGGGAGAAUCAGCUGGGAAUCCCGUUCCUCAUCAGUGACCCCAACUGGGAAGUCGGGGAGGGCAGGAUUUGUCUCAGCUGUGACAGUCUCCAUUGUCUCACAACAUUCACUCUCUGGAUCUACACAUGCUGAAUGGCCACUCGAACAGAGCACUAGAGGCCAAUCAAAGUCCACAGUCUGUACUCCAGGUCAGUACCUUGAGGACUGGAGGGAAUGUGAGAUGGGAAAGAGGGCAUCAACCCUUCAACAACAAUUUGCAUUUAUACAGUGCCUUUAAUAUAGUAAAACAUCCCAAGGUGUUUCAUACAGACAUAAUCAGAUAAAAAUUAAUGCCAAGACAAAGAAGGAGAUAUGAGGAGGGGAUGUUACUGCAUCUCUGGAAGGAUUUCCUCAGCCACAGGAAGUAGCUGAUCCAGGAGAAUGUGUCAGGAUUCUCCCUGCUCUGGACAGGAGGGAAAUAUCUCAAUAGUUUCCAUUGUGUGAUUUAUCUCCCUUCUUGAAGAUUGUCACAUUCCUGAAUUUGGGGGGAGUUGUUUAUCCUCCCAAAUCUGUAGGGUGAAUUCAUGGAGUCUUGAUGUGAGCAGAAGCCCACCAGCUUUGAAGACCUCAGCUGGAAUACCAUGUGGGCCACAGGCUUUGUUGUUUUUCAUCUGUUUGAUUGCUUGUUGCAGCUCUCCCAUCGAUGGUGACUCACCCAUGGAUUCUACCAGAGACACAGGGGGAUAGACUGGAGGGUAUCAGCUGUCACUGUGGAUUCAUGGUUGAGGAGUUGUUCAAAAUGUUUUUUCCAGCAUUAACAGAUGGCAUUGUCAUCCUUAAGAAGAGAAACACCAUCUUGUGAACAACGAGUAUUUUGUCCAUUUGACCUCGGUCUAUAGAUGACCCUGUUGAUUUCAAAAAAGAUUCACAUGUCAUGAUGAUCUGCGUAUUGUUGGAUCUCUUGAGCUUUCUCUUCCAACAGGUGCGUUAUCUUCCAGAUUUGUCUUUGGGCAUCAGACUUGAUCUGUUGAAAUGCUGCCUUCCUGAGUUGCUCCACCAGGUAAUGAAGGCUGAUUGUUUUUAUUCCAGGAGGUGACAUAUUUGAGCGUCAUGUUUGUCGAGCCAGUUCUGGUGACGACGAUGCUCAAAUCCAAUGGUCUGGGCACAGGAGUUUAGUACAGUUGACUUCAUUUUGAUCCCACUGUUCAGGAAUUGAGUUAGAUGUGUGAAGAUUUUCCAGAUUGGUCGUGAGCUGCACCUGGAAUUCCUCUCUUUGGUCGGGCUGUUUUAGGGCUAAGACAUUGAUCUUCUUCCUCUUGGACUUUUGGGCCUUGUGAUGUCUUGGCGCUGGGUAGAUAGUCAUCACCAAUCAAACAAGUCGAGGAUCUGUCCAGCAGGCAUCAGUCCCCCACAUGGAUCGAGUGAUACAGACAUCACUUAGAGCUUUGACUUGGCUUUAGACCUUUCAGAGGAACCUCUGACAUGGUCUUUGUUGCCAGACAAAUCCACAAAAAAGUCGAGAACAACACCAGGAACUCUUCAUGACAUUCGUUGAUGUGACCGAAGCAUUUAACUCAGUAAAUCGUGAGGCUCUGUGGAUUGUGCUCCAAUGAUUUGGAUGUCCAAGAAACUUCAUCACAAUCCUGCAAUUGCUUCAUGAUGAUAUGACUGCAACUGUCUUGAGUGGGAGAUCUGAAACAGAAGCCUUCAAAGUCCAGACUGGUGUCAAGCAAGGCUGUGUGAUAAUCCCCAUUCUAUUUACAAUCAACCUGACAGUGGCUAUUCACCUCACUGAAGAUCAACUGCCCUCUGGUGUCAGUAUUAAAUACCAUCUAGAUGGGAAACUCAUUUACCUUGGACACCUCCGCGCCAAAACUGAACUGACCACCAUAGUUACAUAGAUCUACAGUUUGCGGAUGACUGCAAUGUCAUUGCCCACUCUGUACGAGAUUUACAGACCACUCUCAUUCUCUCCAAUUCUGAAUACAGGAAACUUGGCUUAUCCUUGAACGCCAAAGCAAAACUCAUGUAUCAACCCACACCUGGUCAGCCAAAUAUUCCACCUCCCAUAAAUGUUGGAGUAGAGACUCUGGAAUAUGUUGAGCAUUUCCCAAACCUCGACAGCCACCUCUCUCAAAAGGUCACCAGUGACGAGGAGAUCCAACACCGGAACAGCUGAGACAGUUCAGCCUUCGACAAACUAAGGCAGCGAGUGUCUGACUCCAGCAGUUUGGAUUGCAGAGGUUCAGGAAGGUGGCUCAUCUUCUCAAGGGCAGUUAGUGAUGAACAACAAAUGCUGGCCUUGUCACUGAUACUCACAUCCCAUGAAGGAAUAGAAAAAUUGCAAUGAUGGCUCUUUGUCAAGUGAACAGAACCUCAAGUGCACAGAGCAGCUGUUGUCACCACGCUCCUAUACUGCAGCGAGACCCAGCCUGUGUAUGAACAGCACAUAAGAACGAGAGAAAUUCCAUCAGCAAUACCUCUGCUGCAUCCUCCUGAUUCAAUAGGAGGAGAAUCAAAUGAAUACCAGUGUCCUUCUUAAAGCCAGGUCCAUUGGCAUUCAGGAAAAUGUCCUGCAAAAUCACCUUCAAUUGACUGGCCACUAUGUCCAGAUAGCUGAAAACCAUCUUCCCCACAGGCCCUGUUCUCUCAAGUGGCCAACGUUCCAGGCAGGAGAAAGAAAACUCUUCAAAGACACUCUCCUUGAAGCAGUGUCAUCGACCUUAAUUACUGGGAGGAGUUUGCGAUCAAUCAUUCAGAAUGGUGACAACUUGUCCAUCAAGCUGCAUCUCGCUUUGAGUCCCAAUGCCUUAAUGAUGAGGCAGCAUGGUGGCAGAGAAGGAAAGAAAAGGAGCAAAUUCUGCCCCCUGAAUUCCACAGGACAUGAUGUCCCACAUAUCCAAACAUCUAUGGGUCAAGAAUCAGUCUGAUCAGUCACAUGAAAACUCACAGCAGAAACUCACAACCCUGAGUAGACGUCAUCCUACCUAUUGAAUCUCCCAUCACUAUUGCUCUUCCAGUCAUCUUUUGCCCCCUGUACAGCUGAUCCAGCUGUGGUGCCAUGGACUUGGCUCUGGCUGCACUCCUCAGAUCAACCAUCACUUUCAUCGGUAUUCAGAACUGAAAACUGGUCGGAGAGUGAGAUACACUCAGGGACUCCUGCACUACAUGCCUUUCUGUCACUUCCUGACAUCUUCUCCAAAAACCCUAGCUCGAAUUUUAAGGCUAAGCUGCAUGUGCUGGUAAAGUGAACCAGCUCUCAGGAGUGGGUAUGAAGUAGAAUCAGACCCUGCUUUAGUUGGUGAUGUGAAUUAUAAACAGAUCCUCUUCAGGUGACGGGUGUUUGACUAAUACCAUGGUAAUGUUUGUACUCUCCGGGUCUGGUAGGACUACUAUCCUGAAUAUGGUGAGAGAAUGGGGGUGAGUCUCUACAGACUUGAGUUUCCCACAGACCAUCAAACCUCGAUGUAAUAACGAUGUGAUAUAUUCACCUUACACUCUUCCAAGAUUCAUUUCAUGUUCUGGAAAAGUUCUUCAGUCAUUUUCAAAUGCUUUGUUAAUUCGGUUGUUUCAAAUUUUGAUGUGAGCUGAAUAUUGUGUUGUUGUUUGUCUGCUGUUUGAUCAGUCUUCUGUAUAGAUUUAUAACGCAUGAUAAAAUCAUACAUUAAACUUAACCCAAACUA